GUGGUGCUGUUUCCUCCUGGUCGGCUUCCCUUUGUUUUUCCUCCUGUCACCCGGAGCCGCGAUCUCUAUCAGACGGCGCUUGUCCAUUUUUUUUGAAACCUUUUAAUGAUGGCGGAGGAUAGCGAAUCCGCGGCCAGCCAACAGAGCUUGGAGCUGGACGACCAGGACACCUGCGGGAUAGACGGGGACAACGAGGAGGAGAAUGAGAAUACGCAAGGUAGUCCAUGCGGAGAUCUGGGGGCCAAGAGGAAGAAGAAGAAACAGAAAAGGAAGAAGGAGAAGCCAAGCUCUGGAGGAGCCAAGUCGGACUCUGCUUCUGACUCUCAGGAGAUCAAGAAUCCCGGUUUGCCCAUCCAGAAGCUUCAGGACAUCCAAAGAGCCAUGGAGUUGCUGUCCUGUCAGGGCCCAGCGAAGAGCAUUGAUGAGGCAGCCAAGCACAAGUACCAGUUUUGGGACACACAGCCAGUGCCCAAGUUAAAUGAGGUGGUGACGAGCCACGGCCCAAUCGAAGCUGACAAAGAGAAUAUCAGACAGGAGCCCUAUUCCUUACCUCAAGGCUUCAUGUGGGACACUCUGGAUCUCAGCAACGCGGAUGUGCUGAAGGAGCUGUACACGUUGUUAAAUGAGAACUACGUGGAGGACGACGAUAACAUGUUUAGAUUUGAUUAUUCACCAAACUUCCUCAAAUGGGCUUUACGUCCACCCGGUUGGUUACCUCAGUGGCACUGUGGCGUGCGAGUUUCCUCAAAUAAGAAGCUGGUUGGAUUCAUUAGUGCCAUCCCUGCGGAAAUUCGCAUUUAUGACACGUUGAAGAGGAUGGUCGAAAUCAACUUCCUGUGUGUCCACAAGAAGCUGCGUUCAAAGCGAGUAGCGCCGGUGCUCAUCAGAGAGAUAACGCGGCGGGUCAACCUGGAAGGAAUAUUUCAGGCGGUGUACACGGCGGGAGUCGUGCUGCCUAAACCGGUGUCCACGUGCAGAUACUGGCAUCGCUCUCUGAACCCCAGAAAGCUGGUGGAGGUCAAAUUCUCCCACCUGAGCAGAAACAUGACCCUGCAAAGAACCAUGAAACUCUACAGACUACCAGAUAGCAUCAAGACUGCUGGUUUGCGGCCGAUGGAGAGGCACGACAUCCGGCAGGUGACUGAGCUGCUGCAGAAGUACCUGAGACGUUUCCAGCUGGCGCCUUCCAUGAGCGAAGAGGAAGUGGCUCACUGGUUCCUACCACAGGAGAACAUCAUCGACACAUACGUUGUAGAGGGUGCCGGUGGCGUCCUGACAGACUUCGCUAGUUUCUACACUCUGCCCUCCACCGUGAUGCAUCACCCCCUCCAUCGGAGCUUGAAGGCCGCGUAUUCCUUUUACAAUGUUCACACACAGACGCCGCUACUGGACUUAAUGAACGAUGCCCUCAUCCUCGCCAAACUGAAAGGCUUUGACGUGUUCAAUGCUCUGGACCUCAUGGAGAAUAAAGUCUUUCUGGAUAAGCUGAAAUUUGGUAUAGGAGAUGGAAAUCUGCAGUAUUACCUCUAUAACUGGAAAUGUCCCCCAAUGGACCCUGAUAAGGUCGGCCUCGUGCUUCAGUAGCCUGUGCCUUUGGGGCUGCUACACACACACACACACACACAAACACAGCUCAUCCAAGCAAGGUACUGGGUAGCUCUUGAAGCAGGCAUCUCUGGCACAUUUUUCUGGAGGUGAUGGGAACUGUUGCAUCAACAUUCUGAAUGUGAACAUCAUGCUAUGCCUGAGAUGCUCCAAAACAGCUGGAAGUUUGAAAGGAAGCGGUGUGGCAUGCGGUAUGUCAGUCAAAAAAAAAAAAAAAAAAGAAAAAACAGUAAGUAAACAUGCGGUAUGUAAUAUUUUUCUUUAUUUUUAUUGAGCUUCUUCUAAAGAAGUUCUGCUGUCCCUGUAUACUGCUGCACUUGAGUAGUGGGAAUGUUCUUAUUGCAAUGGCCGCUCGUGCAGUAUCUAUACUUUCUUUUCUGGGUACGUCGGAUUUGAUGAUGUUGUGGGUACAAUUCCACAUGAUGAUGAUGAUGAUGAGUAGUUCCGGGGGAUGACUUGUACCCUCCUGAUCCUUCAUGAAACCAACCGGUGCACUGUCGAGGUCGGAUGCCAUGAAACACUCAACUUUUUUUUUUAAUGAAGAAUGUAUUAUUAAAUCAAUGAAGCACAAUUUUAGGGCUCCUUAAAAGUCCUCAAGGGCCCCCAUUUUUUUGAAAACCCGCUACGGUACUUUUGAAGUUUGAGGGUGCGCUGCGGCCGUGUUAUAAUGCUGUGUCUUCCGUUUGUGGUCGGAGACAGUAUUUAGUAUAAAUUGCAGAGAAAAGAGCAUUUACUUUUUCAUUCCGAGAAUAAGCUGCAUUUGUUUUUGUUGCUGUUCAAUGAUUCCUCACAGAGAGAACUGCUGCGCUAGUUUGAUAUUUGGGCUGUUUUUCCUUCUCUUGUUGCGUUCAGGUCCUUUUUUUUAUUCAUUCCGGUUUGUCAUACUGUGUCUGUGAGUCUAAAAAUAUGUUAUUUUUCUUUGUGUCGUGCCGAUAAAUGCAUGGAAAAAGUUCACAUCCGAUUACAAAUUCACGUUUAAAAAAAAAAAAAUCAAAGCGGGCAACCAGAAAACUGUGAAAAUUCAUUUUUUUCAAAGUUCUACUCUCAUAUUUGAGAUGUCGCUGCAUCACUGAAGCCGAUUCUGUGCUCCUUCCCUUUAUAAACAAAGAAAAGCAGACUACUGGUUUGUUGUUUUAGGUCAAGUGAGCGGGUGAACAUUGACUUGGUUGCGUCGCCGACAUUUUUGCCUGCAUUUGUGUGAAUGUUGCGCAUGUUACUAGCCACGCCCUUUAGUGACGACUCAACAACCCCCCCCCCCCACGCAGAUACCUGCCUUAUUUGGAAGAUUUUUGUCAGACUUUUUCGGAAUGCACUUUGGAAGACGACACAAACAGCUUUGUUAACAAACGGAAGUCCCAAUAUUUUUAUUCAAUUCCACUGUAAGCUGUGAGAAAGACGAAAGAACCUGUACCAGCAUCAUUUAGAUCACGUGAUCACCAUGCAAAUGUCAAUCUGUUUCAACACACACGCCGCCUAUACCAGCAUGGAUAUUUGAAUAAAUUCACUUGACAAAAAUCAACCAGGAUCAAUCAUUUGAACAUUUGUUGUCAGUCACACAAAAAGCGACGGUGCUGCAUCGUCAUGAGAACUUCUAGUACUUCUAUGUUAGCAUUAUCCAGGAAGUAAGGGAUUAAGGACUCAUUAAGUACAGUAAACCUCGGAUAUAUCGGAUUCAAUUGUUCCCACUGGUUUUGUCCGAUAUAAGCCAAAUCCGUUAUAUGCGUAUACCGGAAAAUGUCCGUUUUACGCAUAUAUCGGAUUUAUAUCCGGUAUAUGCGUAAAUCGGAUUUUAUCCAUUAUAAAAAGGCACUUCCUUG